AGUGUUUUGAAAACGUCUGGACAAGGGCUACAAGAAUAUGCAAUAAAAAAUAGGGGGUUCCAUUUAAGAAAACAUCGAUCACAUUGACCUGGCCUUAAAAAGGUCACUUAAGGUUAAGUCCAUAUUUUCAUCAUGUGGCCCCCUUCAAACCAUGCAACUUUUGUCUGAAACAUUUUUUCAUCCGAUCACUUCCCUAGUUUUUAAAUGGGUGAUACGGGCGCUCUGUUACACCCUGUAUAAUCGAUGCAACAGGAGAGAAGAGGAAAGUGAUAACUGCGUAUCUCGAUCGUGUACGACUAAGAGUAUGUAUUACAAGAGUAUGUUUCGUUAUACUUAAUAUACAGGGUGUCUGACUGUUCCCGCAAGUCUGCUUAUAUGCAGAUUGUAAAUUAAGUCAAACUAAACAUAAAAGUCUUCUACCAUGCAAAUAACCACGUAAAAUUUUAAAUUAUUAAAUAAGAAAGAUUGGUAAGUAAUCGUGCGCGAUCAUUCACUAAUAAUAUUUUUUAUUUAAUCAAUAAUUCAAAAUCGUACAUGAUUACUAACAAAAUGGUAGAAGAUGUUCGUUUAGUUUGACUUAAUCCACCUGCACACGAGCAGAACGUGCAGAAACAGUCAGACACCUUGUAUACAAUAAUUAUGCAAUACAAUAAUUAUUUUCUUGUUUUACUUAUUUUAUUUAAAAUCUAAUUUAAAUAUCUUUGCAUCCUUCAUUUUACUGAAACUGUACAUAUUUGUAUAUAGAGUUAAAAUGUUUGAUAUGUAUUUAUUAAUAGCUACAAAUCUUUUAAGAUAUUACUAAACAUUAACAAUUCCUACAGAUUAACAAUUGUCUCAUUUUUGUACAGAAGCUUUUGCAAGAUACACAUAAAAGUAAAAUAAUAUUUUUGGUUUUUUAAAUGCUAUAGGCAAAAUGUUCAAAAAAUAAUAUUUUUUUCAGAGAAAGCAAUCAGUACAAAUAAAGUUGUUUCUGCUAUUCCACCGUAUCUAGACAACUUAACAUUCAAUGAUAUAUGUAAUAUAAUGAAGGCGUACAAAAACUAUAACAGCAAUUAAUUGCGUUCAUGUAUUUUACUCUUGUAGAGGUGAAAGUGCUAGUUUAAUGGCAAGUCAGUAUCUCCAUCUUUAAUAUCAUUUUCCUGCUAAUGGGUAAGAGCAAUAAAUUCGCGCUUAGAGCAAUAAAUUAGCAACAUAUUAGCACUUAAUUAUAUAUCAUAGCCGAACCCGAUUUUUCGUGGUGGAGGUGCUAAGUUAAUAGGGGUAAUACGUACGUGAGGACAAAUAUGUAUGCAAGCAACAUCUAAUUUAAUGUUACAAAACAUUAAACAACGGAUAAGCCGAAUCGAAGAUGUGGAGUAGCUGUUAUGAGAAGUCGCGCUCCUGUUUUAAUAAAGAUGAGUAGCGAUAGAAAUUAUCUUAUCGCAGGAAUUUUAUCGUUACACACGAUUGAAAACAUACGAGACUUCGAUUCUUUAUCGCACGACACUGAUGAAGCAGUUACGCAAUUUAUAAAGUUUCUGUUAAAGAUUGGAGGGAAUAAUCCCCAAGAUAAUGUUCAUCGCAUUCUAUCCAAAAUAUUUACAAACAAAUGCGCGAUGAAUUGCUCCUGGAAAGGCAUUCGCAACAAUUUUAAAGUCUCCGACUUACAUUUUAUUAAAAUUAUGAGAAGAGAAAAAAAGCAGAGAGAAGAGAUAGAAAAACAUGUCGAACAAAAUAAUGAACAAAUUAGUGAAAAAAGUAAUUAUAAUUUGUUACUUUGUCAUUUUCAGUUUUUGUCAUUUCGUUAUGAAGAACAGAAAUAUACGUUUUCUCAGAUUUUAUUCUGUUUUCAUUUGUUGUCUAUAAAAAAUCUAUAAAAAUAGUGUACAUGUUAGUUCAUAAAAAAAAAUAGGGAAUGUAUAUACAGAGUAUCCCACUAAAAGUGGCCACCCCCUUUUAUCUUUUAAACUAAAAGAGAUAGACCGUAACAAAUAUAUAUCAAAUUAAAUGGUUCAAACUGAACUCUAUUGUGAGCAUAGUGGUUGCUUUCAAAAACUAUCUGUGUUAAAGAACGGAGAGGUAUGCAUAAUUUUUUUUAUAAUAAUAUGAAUUUUUCGACAUGAAAAAAAUUGUAGUGCUGUUUAAAACGAAUACAACCAUUUAAUUUGAUAUAUAUAUUUGUUAUGGUCUAUCUCUUUUUGUUUAAAAGAUAAAAGGGAAUGGUCACUUUUGGUGGGAUACCUUGUAUAUUAUGUCAAUAGUUGUUUUUGUUAUUCUGCAAGUUUCGCGGCUUUGUUUAUUUCAAUGAGUCUUUGACUAUUGCUGUUUUCACUUCUUUCAUUGAUUGCUUCUUCCUUUUUUAGCAGCCUUUUUAAAUAAAAAAUCUAUUAAAAUAUAAUAUCAUUGUAACAAAAAAAUUAAUAUACACUUUGCAAAUACUUCAAAUAAAUAUUAAUAUAAAAAGCAAUGGCUUAGUUUACACCGAUAUUUUAAAACGCGUAUUAAGUACUAUAUAGGCGAAUCGCAGAACCAUUUCUCUAAAGAAUAGUUAUUUAAAUUUUUUUAAAUAACAUCUUCAUUUUCCAUCAUUCAGAAGAGAAGAGUUGUCUUCUUGACAUUUAAUUAUUGUACAGAUUUUUAUUAGAACACAAAAUUUUAGUUUUAAAGCACAAAAUAAAACUUUUGUUUGCUUAAAUAACGAAAUCGACAUAGCUAAAUAUACUUUUGUUAUGCAACACACACAUACACACACUUGAGCCUGUAUUACAUUGCGCAUUGAAGAUCGACAUUGCAUUUGAUCAAUUGGAAUUAAUUAAUUAAGGAUGUUCUGGAGGUACCGGUCCAGUCAAAAGUUAUGGAAAUAUUAAAAACACCGGUAUUAAUCCUCCAGAGAUCCUAAGAAAAAAAAUGUAUAUAAAUAAUUACGGCAAGUCUAAUAGAAUGUAAAAAACGUAAAAAAAAUUAAUAAAAAUUUUAGGAGUGAAUUUGCCUUGA